AUGCAAGACUCGGUUCGCUUGCCCUCGAUCAAGGAUUUGAACUUUCCUCCUCCCGGCCAGGACGGGGCUCCCGCAAAUGGUCAGGGUCGUGCUGAACACGCUCGUGCGAGGCAUGAGCCCUCGUCCUGGAGCCGUUCUUCUGCUCCGUCUGCGCCCAUACCUCCCUCUCAGCACUCGUCUGGUAUGCCGCCACCGCAUGACCCGCCUCCGAAGCACCAGUACGCGCCUCCGUCCAAGCCGGACGCACCUUACGCGCAUUCGCAGGCUCCUCCUGCCUCGCAGCAACCCCCCGCUGGUGUGCAACCACACCACGGUGUCAAUGCGGGAGCAUCGCGUCCCGACAGCUCCUCUGCGGAGGCUCAGUCCAAAAGGUCCCGUUCGCAGCAAGGCGUCAGCGCUUCGCCUGUGCGUUCUCCUCACGUAAGCGUUGGUUCUCCCGUGAAGGCUCCUCCGCCGGGGUACCACCAGGGUCCUCCUCCCCAGGUCGCCCCGCCUCAGGAGCACAUCCAGCACCCAUCCCACUACCCUCCUCCUGGAUACGCGCCGUAUCCACAGCCCCAGCAAAUGUCGCGUGCACAUUACGCUAUGCCUCCGCCCCCGGCGCCCGCGCAUCAUCAAAACCAGCCGCCAGCCAGCCCGUAUCCUCCCACAGAACACUGGCAGCAUCCUUCCGCUCCCACCCCUGCCCCCGCGCAACAACCACCUCCUCAGCAACACUUCAACGGCUACGCCCGCACUACCCCGCUAGUACCGGCUCCCGUCGAGGCCCGUGCCCCACCUCCGCUUGUCUCGAGUCCAGCGGAUGCGGAGCGGGCGAACGCACGUCAUCAGGUGAUUGCCGAGAUCGUGAAACACUGCAAUGUUCUUUACGGGUUCGCGAACCAUUAUGGUACGUUCUGGACACUGCGGCCCGCGCCGCAGGAGAUCGAGGAGAUGAAUUAUCAUGCUUCUACCGUGAUGAGGCUUCUUGAGGAUCUGCGGCGCCUUGAAGGUGGUGAAGAUACCUCGCGUAAGGACGGGGAUUACCCUGCCUCCACUAACCCCGCCGAAGAACAAGUUCGACCGCCCAAGAGACCAUGGGAAGAUAUGGCCAGGGAGGGAGAACCUCCAUCCAUGCUCAGUGCUAAACGACCGGUCAAUUGCCCUUGCCCUGAUGAACAGGCACAGUCGACAGCGGAACAUGACAUGCAGAUCAUCCGUAACAAACGGCAGUCUAGCACGGGCGGUGCUGCUCCAGGGCAGCAGAAGAACAAAUACCGCAAGCGCAGUCGAGCAACCCCACCGGGUAAAUGUCAUUCAUGUAACAUUCGUGAGACACCUGAGUGGCGUCGUGGUCCGGACGGGGCGAGGACGUUGUGCAAUGCAUGUGGCUUGCAUUACGCAAAACUCAUGCGCAAAAGGGAGAAAACUCUCGACGCGAACGGAAAGGCUCCGCCCAUUGACCUGCAGACCCUGCGUGCGUCUACUGCCUCGGCGAGGGGCGGUGGAGGGGAGCACGGAGGUGAACCGUCCCACUCCCAGUCGCACCCUCCUCCGCACCAGGGCCAACCACCUCCGUCACCAUACGACCAGCCCAAACAGCUUCCGAUCCACGCAGGUGCUCCCGCUCACCCUGGUCCGUACCAACUGAUGCCUGUGGGUGCCCCAGGCCCCUCUGGCGGGCAGCCGCAGCAGAUGAUGCCUCCUCCGCACGCGCCCUCCUCCGCCCCGCACAGCGCAGCCGGCGGUCCGGUCCCGCCCCCGCCUUGGUUGGCACACCAGAACGGGGAGCGUCCUGGGUACAACUCGGAGCCGCAGUCAUACGUGCGCGCGUCGCACCCUCCGUCUCAUGCCCGCGCAUCUCCGCAAUAA